ACAGGCAUCACUGCGUCACAACCUGGUCCUGAAAUAAGAUGACAAUGCAGAGCUACCAGCUUAGAGGAAACCCCAUGCAGGACGACAAAUCCUGCAACGGUCAGCCAGUGGUUGUGUCCAUGCCUGAACAAAAAUUAGAUGAUGAUAUCAUUUUUUCCACAUUCAAUUUUCACUACUGCAACCCUUGUUGUCUUGGGUUUGGGGCCUUUUACAACUCAGUGAAGGCCAGAGACCGCAGAUUGCUUGGAGACUAUGCAUCAGCAAGCACUUACAGCACUAGAGCUCGACGUCUGAACAUCGCUUCUGUUAUUCUUGGCGUCAUCAAUGCCAUUUUACUGAUUGUCAUCCUUGUCUAUGUAAUUCAAUACCAGCUUAGUCAUUUUGGUGACUAAUGACUCAUCAAAGAAUGCCUGUUUGUAUAAUUAUGCAUUUACUCUGUUUACAUAAAGCAUUUUAUAUCUGAUUAAACUGUUUGUUAAGGAUUGUUUACGUGUUUUUUUCAUUCAUUCAGGCACAUUAUUUACCUUAUUUAGAGAUGUGCUUGCAUUUCCUUUAUUUGUUUUAUUGUUUUCUUGCUUAUAUCACACGCAUGGUGUGAUCUCGGCAAUUGUUCAUAGAAUGAAAUGUAUUUUUGUCUAUAUUUUUUCAGCCACACCCUAUAUAAAUAAAUAUAUAAGAGGAUGAAUAAACACAGUAAACUGUA